GGCAGGUCAAAGUUCAUCAAUAAACUUGAGAUUUGGCGUACAGUGGGCACGUGCAAUUUUAAAAGCUUUUACCCUUUGAACGUGUUAAACUGAUAUUUACUAUUCAGCUAGAGUAGUUGCUAUUAUUAUUAAAAGUAUUAAGAGAGGGAAAGAAUUUAUGACUAACACAGUGAAGAAUAUCCCGCGAUAGAUUCGAUAGUAAUGGGUAUCGGUAAGCUACUUUUAAGAUAAGAAACAUACUUGUAAUAGAAGUUGUGUUUUCUUAUUUCCAAGUUCCAGUUCUGUAUAUUUUUAGGUGUAAUAAACUAAAAGAAAUGACCACCUGGAACUGGUUGUGUCAGUCAGACUUGGUGGUCUGGGAAGGAAACACCCUUGGAAGAUGUUUUCAAGAGUUAGUCAUUGUAUGUCCAAGUGCUGUAGUAAUGGCCAUUGUAUGUGCCUGCUAUGUGGGUAGGAACGACCACUGGGUUGUGAGACUUUCACAUCAAAAGUGCAUUAUUUCCCUCAGAAUCUUAAUCACAGUUGUAUUGUUUUUGUGUUCCAUUGUUAAAGUUUUUCCUACAUUUUUAGUCUCCAAUCAUUUGUUAUCAAUGGUAGAGUAUAUUUCAGCAGCAGUAUGUGCUUUUAGCUGGCUAAUACACAUUGGCUAUCUUUUUAACUUAAGAUCUCAUUUGACUGAAAACACUCGUGGACCAUUUUCAGUUCUUCUUGCUUGGCUUCUGACUUUGGUAGCAGCUGUUUUACAGCUUCGUGCAAGCCUACUUCGUGAUGAUGAGUCAUUCCAAGGAUUGCUGGAGAAAUAUGUAGAUGAAUUUGUAGUAGGAUUUCACAUUUUGUAUGCUCUGACUUUAGUGCCUCGUGGGUUAUCUGUGGAACUGCACUAUGAAGAGUUAUCAGGAGUUCUGAGCAGAGAGCAACAGUCUUCAGUAGACACACCAACGAGCAACUAUGGAAGGUUCCGUGAAGAUGAAGAUCCUCUAGACUUAGGUGUUGCAGAAGAUGACAGUAAUAUUCUAUCCAAGUUAACGUUCUACUGGGUACAUAGUUUAAUGAAAAAGGGAGAGAAACAGCUGUUAAAUACUUGCAAUGAUUUGUUCAUCCUGCCAGCCUCUUUACAGUCACGCAACAUCGACCUGUUGUUUUCGUCUCAUAUGCAGUCUCUUUCUCUGGGAGCAGUUUCAGUUACUGAAGAUGGUAAUGAUGAUCCUGAUGAAGAUUUUGACAGUAGUGGUACAGGUACACUUGUGAGACGUCAGAAGUUUUCAUUGUUGCAGGUUCUUCACAGAUGCUUUGGAAAGGAAUUUUAUCUUAUUGGUAUCUUAAAACUGUUAGCUGAUUCACUAGGUUUUGCUGGACCUUUAAUGUUGAACUUGCUUGUAUCAUUUUUGGAAGAUAAAUUGGAGCCAACUAGUCAUGGUUGUUACUAUGCAGCAGGUCUCUUUAGUGCAACAUUCUUGGCUGCUAUUUGUAGCAGCCAGUUUGGAUUUUUGAUUACCAAAGUAGGGUUGAAGGUUCGAGCAGCUAUCAUCACCACCAUUUAUCGAAAAACUUUAGGUGUUAGUAAAACAACCUUGUCAUCUUUCAGCACUGGUGAAAUUAUCAAUUUCAUGAGUACAGACUCUGAAAGAAUUGUCAACUUUUGCCAGAGUUUUCACCAAUUUUGGAGCCUGCCUCUUCAAGUGGGAGUGACCUUGUUCCUACUCUACCAACAAGUUGGGCUGGCAUUUUUGGCCGGACUUCUCUUUGCUAUUUUGAUUAUCCCUGUCAACCGUUGGUUAGCCAUUAAAAUUGGGGUACUCAGUAAAGACAUGAUGGAACAAAAAGACAAGAGAAUUAAGCUUAUGAAUGAAUUCCUCUCCGGGAUUCGAGUUAUCAAGAUGUAUGCAUGGGAAAGGAUCUUUGCUGCCAAAGUCCAGGCAACCAGGAUGAACGAAAUGAAUUUACUGAAAGCUAGAAAGUACCUGGAUGCCUUGUGUGUCUAUUUUUGGGCUACAACUCCAGUCCUGAUAUCAGUGUUAACGUUUACCACAUACGUUGUUAUGGGAAAUCAGCUGACCGCUGCAAAGGUGUUCACUAGCCUGGCUUUGUUUAACAUGUUAAUCAUGCCACUCAAUGCAUUCCCUUGGGUAUUGAAUGGCCUCAUGGAAGCUUGGGUUUCUUUGAAUCGUGUACAGAAAUUUCUUCAAAUACAAGACUUACACUUAGAUGAAUAUUACACAGAUCCAAUUGACUCUAACACAAAGAUUAUUGUUGAGAAUGGGUGCUUCUCUUGGGUGUCUUUGGACACCUCCAAACAUUCCGGUCCCCAGACUUUGAAAUCCUUUGCUGGAUCCAGUAGUUACGAGCAGGAAAGCCAGUUUAUUUUAGGCCCUCUUGACUUGGAAGUGAAAAAGGGGCAGCUGAUUGGGAUCAUUGGAAAAGUGGGAAGUGGGAAGAGCUCCCUGUUAUCUGCCCUUGUUGCUGACUUGAUGUGCAAAAAAGGCUAUGUCCAUAUUCACCAAGGAGAUAUCAGGAAUGGGAUUGGUUACGUUUCACAAGAGGCUUGGAUUCAAAACAGCACGGUCCGUAGUAACAUUCUUUUUGGAAAGCCAUAUAAUGAGAAGAAGUAUAGAGGUGUGUUAGAAGCUUGUGCCUUUUUGGAUGACUUGAAGGAGCUCCAUGCUGGAGAUGAAACUGAAGUUGGAGAUGGAGGUAUCACAUUAAGUGGUGGACAGAAGGCUCGAGUUGCUCUGGGUAGAGCUGUAUACCAGGAUUUAGACAUAUACCUUCUUGAUGAUCCACUCUCAGCUGUGGAUCCUCAUGUCGCAGAACAUUUAUUUAACUGCUGUAUUUUGGGGCUUCUAAAGGACAAAACUCGAAUCAUUUGUACACAUCACACUCAGUUCUGUUGGAAAAUGGACUUUGUGAUAUUAUUGGAAAAAGGACGGGUAAUUGCCCAAGGACCUCCAUCAAUAAUAUUUCAGUCAUAUCCCAUGUGCACUUUUAAAGAAUCAGUUUUUGGUGAUGAACCGUCAACGAGUAAGAUGACCUCCAACAGUCCUAGGUUUUCUUUUCGGUCUCCAGAGAAUUUAACCCCAGAGACUUUGAGUGUGGAAAGUGUAAGCCUGGUUAAUGCGACUGACUUCAGUGAUGAUCACAGAGUUGGUCGGCUCAUCCAAGAUGAAGAACGGGAAUUUGGCACUGUUCAGUUCCAUGUAUAUAAAUCUUACUGGUUUGCUGUGGGCAGUGUUUUAGGUCUUUGUGUCCUUUUAGCACUUCUGUUAAUGCAAACAUCACGAACCUUGUCUGACUGGUGGCUGGCCUACUGGAUAUCUCAUACUUUUGAGGGUGAUUUAAACCUUACUAACAUUAACCACCCACAUUCAGGCAGUAUAGAUAACUCAGUGGGCAUUUCUGAACUCUUAGGUAAAAACUUGACUAAUGGCACUGUACCAGACAAUAACCUGACAUUUUAUUUGACGGUGUAUGGAUCCUUGGCUGCAGCCAAUAGUGUCUUUACUCUAUUCAGAGCUUUUCUAUUUGCCUAUGGUGGGAUUUGUGCUGCAGUUAUUCUACAUGAUAAACUCUUGUAUAACAUCUUGAAGGCUCGAGUCACAUUCUUUGAUGUUACUUCAUUGGGUCGGCUGCUGAACCGGUUCUCGUCAGACCUCUAUACUGUAGACGAUUCUCUUCCAUUUAUACUCAACAUUCUUCUGGCUCAGGUCUUUUCCCUGAUUGGGACAUUAGCCAUUACAUGCUUUGGUUUACCAUGGAUUGUGUUGCUACUGAUUCCUCUUGGGGCUGUUUACUAUGACAUGCAGCGAUACUACCGCCACACAUCUCGAGAACUCAAGAGACUUUCUAGCAUCAGUUUGUCACCUAUCUAUGCUCAUUUCUCCGAGACUCUGUCAGGCCUUACAACAAUACGUGCUUAUACUGCAACAUUGAGGUUUCGUGAAGAAAAUCUCGAAAACUUAGACUCCAAUCAACAAGCUCAGUUUUGUGCAUUAAGUGCUUCCCAGUGGCUGAAUUUACGAUUGCAGAUGAUUGGGGUUGCCAUAGUUACAGGAGUUGCAGUCCUUGCUAUAAUUGAACACACAUAUGCAGUAGUUGACCCAGGUCUUAUUGGAUUAGCACUAUCCUAUGCUUUGUCUGUAACAUCACUUCUCAAUGGAGUGGUGACAAGUUUCACUGAGACAGAGAAGGAGAUGGUGAGUGUGGAAAGGGUGGUGCAGUACAUAGAUGGUGUUGAAAGUGAAAAGAUGGAAGGCCUACAUCAGCCUCCAUUUUCUUGGCCAUCUCAAGGUGUAAUUACAUUUUAUCAUGUUUGUCUACAAUAUCGACCUGGCCUACCUCUUGCUUUGAGUGAUGUCAGCUUUGAAACAAAACCCUGCGAGCGACUGGGCAUUGUUGGUAGGACGGGUUCAGGAAAAUCCAGCCUCUUUCAGGUUUUGUUCCGAAUCACUGAUCUCACAAAAGGAGAAAUCCUCAUUGAUGGAGUUGAUGUUGCACAGAUUGGACUGCAAGAGCUAAGAUCAAGACUUGCAAUCAUUCCUCAAGAUCCCUUCGUGUUCAGUGGAACAGUCCGAGAAAAUUUGGACCCCAGAGGGUGGUGUCAAGAUACUGAACUUUGGAGAGCUUUGGAGCAGUGUCACUUACAAUCCACGGUGAAACAAAUGGGAGGUCUGGACAUAGAAGUUGGUGAGAGAGGACAACAGUUCAGUGUAGGACAGAGACAGCUGCUGUGUCUUGUUAGAGCUCUUAUAUGUCAAGCCAAGAUACUCUGUAUUGAUGAGGCAACUGCCAACGUAGAUCGUGAAACAGAUCGUUUGAUCCAACAAACAAUCCGCACGGCUUUCCGCCAAACGACUAUUCUGACCAUUGCCCAUCGAGUAGAGACAGUUAUGGACAGUGAACGAGUUUUGGUCAUGCAGAAUGGUAGACUUAUAGAAUUAGAUUCUCCACAGGUGUUGCUACAAGAUCCAAACUCCCAGUUUUUUAGCCUGGUGUAUGGACAUCAACAGUGAAGGAUCUGAUCAAAUUAGUCUUUUGUAUGAACAUCAUCAACAGUUAUAGAUCUGACCAGGUUAAUUUAGUGAAUGGCUACCAACAAUGUUGGAUCUGGUUAGGUUAACCUUGUGUAUGGACAUCAACAGUAAUGGAUCUGAUUAGGUUUAACCUGGUGUACGAAUAUUAACAGUGAUGGAUCUGGUUAGGUUAGUCCAGUGUAUGGACCUCAACAGUGAUGGAUCUGAUCAAGUUAGUCUGGUGAAUGGACACUAACAGUGAUAUAUCUACCCUGAUGAAGUACUUCAAACAAGCUGACACGGUUAGCGUAUGUUUUAGUUCUUUUGUAAAAUUCUCAUUCCUUAAAUUAAAAAAAUGAUAAAUAUCCAAACAUUAACAUGUUUUUGGAAAAGCUUGUUUUUUAACAAGUGGUGUUUUACUCAAAAUAGUUUUUUAUUAUGCAUUAUAUUAUUUUUAAUUAAGAACUGAAUAAUUGAUUUAAUUAAAGUUGAAUUAUGUUCCUAUGCUUAAACAACUGUGAGUUUUUGUGUGAGUGACAAGAAGACCAUAUUAAAAUAUUCUGUACCCGUAUGCUAUUGAAUAAAGUCUGAAGUGGAUGAAUUCCAAGCACAUCUAGAAAUAUUUGAAGAAUACAGUAUUGCUACAAAUAUAAGUAUUAAAAGGCAUGUUUAUGAUAUUUAAAAAAACAGGAGAGUGUUUUAGUAACUAUGUUAGACAGUUUAAAGAAGUGACCAACAAGUCAUAUCUAAAACACUUACUCUUUAUGAAAUAUGUGCUACAUCAAAACUAUUGUCAAGCUCUCGGAAAAAAGGAUGGUUGUGAGAUGUGCCUAUACUUUAGAUAUUUUUUAUUGUUUAUGUUUUUAGAGUUAUGUACUUGCAUAAAUAUAUUUAGAUAGGUGAGAAUGAUUCUCUUGUCUUUAUAUUUCAAGUUAUGUACACUUUUAUAACACUUUUUCAGUGUUAAGUGAAAUGCAGUUCUGUUUAUUUUUAUUUUAAUGAGAAACAUAACAUUGUAGAAAACUAUAAACAAUAACUGGAGUUGGAAAAGGAGCUUUACACAGAUUUAUGACCAAAAAUUGUGUCUCAUGUAUCAAUGUUUUGACAUAGAUUAAAAGAACACUUAGAAUAAUUUAGAUAAAAGAUAUCCUAUAUUUCCCCAAAAGGGGGCCAAAUAUUGCCUGGAGGGGUAACCUGUUUUAACCACUCGCACCAGUAUAUAGUAGUGUGCAGUCAGUCAGUAGAUGCUAUACUGACAUCACAUAAAGGAUGCUUAACGUAGCAAUUUGUAUUGUCGUGAUGUCAGUAAAAUGUGCAUGCCAUGAGUCACGAGAAGAAGUAUGUACACUGUAGGUUAAAACACAGUAUGACAUAUGAACUUCAAAAGCAAGAAAUAUAUAUAUUUGUUUCUCUUAAUUUUGGUUUUAUUUACUCU